AUGAGCUGCUUCGGAUGUUGCAUGUCAAAAGAGAAAAUCAACCGAAGGUCUUUGAAAAAAAGUAUCAAGGAAUACCAGGACACAAAAAAGUUAGCCUCAUUUGCUAAGCUCUCCUUCAAAUCAGAUAGCAGCAGGCGACACUACAUAUCAGAAGAGAUUAAAAAGAUUGGAAAGGGAAAUAUCACGGCUAAGAUUUUUACUUUCAGGGAGCUGUGCGUUGCAACUCAAAACUUCCGUUCUGAAAAUCUACUAGGUGAAGGAGGCUUUGGGAGGGUGUACAAAGGGCACAUUGCAAGCACAAAUCAAGUUGUUGCAGUGAAGCAACUUGACAGGAAUGGAUUCCAAGGAAACAGAGAAUUUCUUGUAGAGGUUUUGAUGUUGAGUCUUCUUCACCACCCUAAUCUUGUCAAUCUGGUUGGAUAUUGUGCUGAUGGGGAUCAGAGGAUUUUAGUUUAUGAGUACAUGGCCCAUGGUUCCUUGGAGGAUCACCUUCUUGAGUUACCUCCAAACAGAAAGCCCUUGGAUUGGGGUACCAGAAUGAAAAUUGCUGAAGGUGCAGCAAGAGGGCUUGAAUAUUUGCAUGAGACAGCCGAUCCACCAGUGAUAUAUCGUGAUUUCAAAGCAUCAAACAUACUGUUAGACGACAACUUCAAUCCAAAGCUCUCUGAUUUCGGCCUUGCAAAGCUUGGUCCAACUGGGGAUAAAUCCCAUGUCUCCACCAGGGUGAUGGGAACCUAUGGCUACUGUGCACCUGAGUAUGCACUCACUGGCCAGUUGACAACAAAGUCCGAUGUGUACAGCUUUGGAGUAGUCUUUUUGGAGUUAAUCACAGGGAGGAGAGUCAUUGACAACACAAGACCAACAGAAGAGCAGAAUCUAGUUUCUUGGGCACAGCCACUAUUUAGAGACAGAAGGAAGUUUACCUUAAUGGCCGACCCGUUUCUUGAAGAGCAGUAUCCUGUAAAGGGUCUAUACCAAGCUCUGGCAGUUGCAGCCAUGUGUCUCCAAGAGGAAGCUGAUACAAGGCCUUUGAUUAGUGAUGUUGUAACAGCUCUUGAAUUUUUGUCUGUAAACAACAAGAACUCAGAGCCUGCUCAUCAGCUAGACAAUGCCAGUGCCAGUCCCAGUGCAGCUUCUCCAGAUACCUAUAGUGAUAGCAGUGGAGAGAUCAAGUCGAUCUGA